ACUAAGCAACCCUUACAUUAACUAGCCCUGGUAUCAAAGGGAUGUCAGUGCGCGUCCCACCCUCGUGUGGUGCGUUUCAAAGUCUUUAAAACAUAUAAACCUCGUGGACUAAAUCAGUGGCAAAUAAGUCUUUCAAGAUUAUAUCUCGCGAUGGAAAAUAGUCAAAAACUAACAGCGCAAUUUUUCAGAGAGGGUGACCCAGUUUACGGGUAGAAGAACCGGACAUUCUCUUCGGCGCGAUGAAUUCGAUCCGCCGAGAGGGCGAAAGAUGUUUCCACGCGAGGUCAGACCAGUUGUGAACCGGUGCCAGAGACGGGCAUGGACACUAAGACUCCACCGAUCCCGUUGAAGGUCCAGGAGAAGCCGAAACCGAAGCAGCAGGAAAGUGUGGCCGAUGUGUCCUUGCCCCCGCUGACACCAUACAAGAAUCACCGACUGAAACAGAAAACCCCUGGAACUCAGUGGUCGCGUGAUGUACCCAGUGCUACACGGUAUCAGGAUCAUCAGAAAAAAAGGCCUUACAGAGUGCUUCAAAUCGGCGCGACGCCUUUGAUGCACGCUUGUCAACAGGGCGACAGAGUAAGAGUUCUAAGAUUGUUGAAAGAACAAGAGGAAACAAUCGGGUAUAGAGAUCGCACUCUGAGGAACGCGCUUCACUAUUGCAUGGACGCUGGAACCGGAGGUGCCGUCGCUGCGGCGGCACCGGAACUAGUAAAUGCACCAGAUGCAGAAGGACACACGCCACUUCAUUUAGCUGUCAUCGCAGGUGAUACGCAAUUAGUGGCUGUUUUACUGGCGAAUGGUGCUGACGUGAAUGCCAAGGAUCUGGAGGGACACAGCGUUCUUCAUUGGGCUACCGUGUGUGGAGAAGCAGAAUGUGUUCGCUUAGUGUUAGCAGCGGGUGCAAGACCGUCGACGCCUGAUCUUCGUGGCGGAUCUCCUCUUCACUAUGCCGCUCAAUGCUGCGGCGCAGCUGCGACUGCCGAGCUUGCUGUACCAAAGAAAGUUGGUUUAAAAGUUCUCCAGACCCUUUUGGAAUUCGGUGCCGACGUGAACGCGAAAGACGAGGACGGAAGACAGCCAAUUCUAUGGGCAGCAAGUGCCGGUAGCGUGGAAGCUGUGUUGGCUUUGGCUAGAGCCGGUGGUUCAGCUGCCGCAGGAGCUGCCGACAAGGAUGGUUUGACGGCUCUCCAUUGCGCCGCUUCCAGAGGUCACGCUAGAUGCGUCGAGACUUUGGUGAAUCUCUGUGGAGCUCACCCUGACCACGUGGACGACAAUGGAUGUUCGGCUCUUCACUACGCUGCCACUCUUGGCCACGCCGAUGCCACAGCUUUGAUUCUAAAGUUAGGAGCCGAUCCGAAUCGUCAGGAUCGAAAGGGUAGAACACCAGCACUCUGUGCGGCAGCAAAAGGCCAACUAGAGACCCUGAAGAUCCUUGCUCAGCACGGUGGUUCCCUUUACGCGAGGACUAUACGAGGAACCGGUGUCGCCCACGAGGCCGUCGCUUCCGGCAGAAUCGAGUUGAUCAAAUGGUUGGCGAAGAAACGGCCAAGCACUUUGGACGUAGCCACCCACGAUGGCAAGACACCUCUGCACGUGGCCGCCCUUCAUGGACAUCUGGAUGUGUGCAAAGCCCUUCUGGACAAUGGCGCGAGAAUCAAUGCCGUCCUUCGAACUAGCAAAGGAAAUCUGAUGACAGCUCUGGACGCGGCGCUUUACAGAGGGCACCGAGAUUGCGCGAAAUUGAUUCAGAUGCACGGUGGUACCACGGCGCAGAAACUGCGGAUGCAGAAAACUGUACCGAACAAAGUGUUCGCGACGAAGCUGCGAAUGAGGCACGUCGACAGCAGUACCGAUACGGAGAGCAGCCCUCGCAGACGUGAUCGUGGCUGUCAGCUUCCGGAAUUGUACUACGAGGAACAGUGGAUUAAGAAGAGAACGCGACGAAGGGGUAAUCUGAGGGAAUUAGCACGUCAGGACAGCCGGAGCUUCAGCGAGGAGGAAGUUAGAUUGUCAAAAUCGUCUUCGAAGAAAGAUCAUCGAAGAAGAGCUCGCAGUGAAUCGGCACGGUACGAAGAGGAGGAUACCGAUCGAAAAUUGAGAAGGAGACGAAGUAAAAAACGAUCGUCCAAGUCCAGACGCGAUUCGAGCGAAUCGUCCAUAGAGUCGGACAGUUACGAACGCGUCGAGAAUACAUCGAGACAGAAGUUCGACUCGCGAAAGGACGAGAGGAAAAUGGACAAAAGCAACGGAACGGAGAGCCGAGAGAAUUUGAAAAGGGGCGACGAGGACGACGACGAAAGCGUGAGCGAGGAUAGCCUGGAAGUGGUGGUGGUACGAAAAUCUUUGGAGAGAAAAUGCGAAAAGGUGGUGUCUGGACGAAGAUCAAAGACGCCCAGGGAAAGUUCGAAGGAGACGAAAUUCACAAAGACGCACAGGAGCACUAGAAGAAAAUCGCGGUCCAACAAGCUAAAAGCGUCGGACAAUGGGGGUAGCGAGGGUAUAACCGAUCGAGCACAUUCGUUCGACAGGGAGCAAGGAGCGAAAGAAUCCGCGCCCUGUGCCGAACGAACUCCUAGAACGUCGAUAGACGAAGAGAAGGAAAAUGGGGAGAGUAUCGUUGAAAGUCGAUAUCGUAGAGACGUGACCGACAGCACCAGCCAAGAAACGGUGGAGCGUGUCGUUGUGACAGCGAUGGUUCAUAAAGAUCAAGGACCAGACACGCCGAAAUCAGUAGUUGAAGCAUCGAAAGAAGUCACCUUCGACGAUAGAUUAAGGACGGAAGUAAUCGAGGUGCAAGAGAAGGAAGUCUCCAGGGGAGUUAGUUCGGGCAAGAUGGACGACAUUUUGGAACAAAGCGGCGUAUCACGCAACGAUCUUGUGCAGAAAGCUACAAGUUUAAAGAAAGACGUGGAGGAAAUGAGACAGCAGGCUGCACAGGAGAGAGUUCAACGGGAGGAAGAUUCGAGGCAGAGCCAAGAGGGAAAAGACUCCAAGCAAGAUCAAGAUGUAAGAUUAGACGAGGAUAGAGAUGAUACGAACAAAGUAGAUGAUACGAGAAAAGAUCAGGAUCUGGCCGUUAUCAGUGAUGGGACAGAGAAGAAAGAUGAGAGUGAAAAAGGCAGGUUAGACGUACGCGAGACGACCGAGUCGGAAAGUCCCACGUUGGAUUCGCGGAGCGAGAAGCAACGACGCCGGAGUCGACAGGGAGACGAGCUCGUUUCCAAAUCAGACGGUACGUCGUCCGAAGCGAAACCUGACGAGGAAACUCACAAAGAGAAAACGGACGUAUCUGAGUCCACUUUGACGAAAGAGUCGGAAAAGACGAGCAAAUCCGAAAGUCCAGAGAGCGAGAAACAUUUACAAAAAGGAGAUGCCACUCCGAGAACAGCGGUGGAAGACGUUUCACCGUCGGAAGGGGAAGAAAGAAAAUCGACAUCGGAGGAAAUCAAAAGCAAAUCGAAAACAAAAUCUGGAACUGUAAGGAGGAAGCCGUCGUUGGACGAAAGAAGAUCAAAAUCCUCGUCCUCGAAGUCGGACGAAAGCCCGAAAAAGAGCGGCGGCGCUCAAAAGAGAAAAGAAUUCAGCAAGAAACGCGAAUCUUCCGCGAAGAAGAUCUCUAUGAAAUCCUCGGCGGAAAAAGGGAGCAAAUUAGGUACAGAGAAGACGUCAGAAGUGGAAAGAAAAGCUGAAGGAAUUUCGGUCGACAGCGCACAAACGAGAGAGACGUCGACCACGUUAACGAAAAGCUCGAGCAAGGAAUCGCCGGAUGAAAAGGAGCAAAAAGCAGAUACCGUUCGUAGGAAGUCGGUCGACUUUUCAUCUUCGAAAGACUCUGCGUUAGUGGAAGACGAUAUCGAAGACAAAUCGUUGAGCGGUGAUACACCGACCGCUACGAAAAGAAAGAUGGACGACGAGGAAAAAACUGACGAAGACUCGUUUCCGGCAAAGUCGAACCUAGACGAUGAAAAGGAGGAAGACGAGGCGAAAAAAGUGAAGAAACGGCCCGUGGAGGAUGCACUGGCGACAGAAGAGACGUUUCGAUAUAUCGACGAAAGCUCCUCGAGUUCCCCGAAAUCGGCGCAAACCAGACGCUCGAGACCGUCAACGGGGAAGAUUAGAAAAACUGGACGACCAUCGGCGAGGAAAUGUUUGUUCGAAAGUUCAGAAGAUCGUUCUCCAGACAGGAGCGCGAUAGUGGCGGUGAUCGAGAGUCCAGAGUGGGACGAGGAAGACGAGGAGAUCGAUAAGGAGAUCAGAGACGCUAUCGGGGAAGAUGCGGAACACGAGACGGAACCUGAGGAUGAUAAUGAAAUGGGUGUCGUCAGAAUGCUGCCAAGCACGAGCGAGGAGGAGAUGUCUCGAGCUGGUCAUGAUGUUUGCAGGACUUCGGCGGCCGACUCGUUACCACAGGUGCAAUCCAGUACUCGAACUCGUCUGACGCGAGUUCAGAGUCCUCAGGAAAGUAGAACCAGUCGAUUGCAAGGGAAACAACGUCGCGAUAGCGGCGGCAGGGACAGUGGCAUAGAACCUAGCCCUAGGGUAUCGAGGAUACCGAGAAGAAGAAUGAUGAAGUGUUGUCCAAACACGGAUAAACAACAGUCUCUUAACAUGGAUACUAUAACAAGAGACGUGCAAAUCAGUUUACGAAGAUAUCACCUGGAAAGGAAGAUAUUUUUUCAGCUGAUGGAAUUGAAAAGAUUACAGAUACGUCAUGGCAGAGCGAAUGAACAAGUUUUAGUUAAAAGACUGGUGGAUGCUUUCCACAAGGCGGGAAUGUCCGGACCCACACUUGGCGUGGCAAGAUACGAUCAGCCUCUAACGUUCAGACACUUCGAGGCUUUCUUGUACGAUCAACUGAGGAAACUUCAAAAAAGACCAGCGACUCCAGAUUUUUGUAUGGAAGCGAAACAAUGCAUCCAGAAAACCCAUCGCUGUCACCACGCCACAAGUGCAUACACUUCCUUCCCUGUGUACACAUAUCAUUAUAAUUGCAGUAGGUGGAGGCGGCCAAGAACAAGCGGAUCUUCUUCCGAAGAUAGAGAGCCGUGGAAAGGGACAAAUGACGGUGGAAGUAACGCACGGAGAAGAAAAGCAGAUAAUAGCUCUUCCAGCUGAAAGAUUGGAUCGUUCGAAAAAAUAUUACGUAACGUUUACUGUACGAGGAGAAGCGCAACAAGAAACUGAGAAGCCGAAAUCGUCGAUCGGUAUCCAAAGGAAUGCCAAAAGCGUUUAGAAGCGUCUUCAAUUAUUAACUAUAUACAUAUCGAACCACUCCAUCUUGGCGAUUUUGGCUACGUUUUUUCUAUUCGAAGCAAUAUCGAAAACGUUUCCUACACUUUUUCUACAUAAUCAUCUAUUCUACCAAUCUUCGUACACGCAACUGUUUCACAUUGGAUUUUCUACGAUUGUAUAAAUUGUAGUCUCACGACGAAACAUUGACUCUCAAUUUUCGUGGUAACGAUUGUAUUUGAAAAAAAUCGGAAAACAAAACUGCCAGAGAAAAAAACCAAGGUUCAUGUAUGUAUAUACCCCAGAAAAUCGAGCAGAAAGUACAUAUUCUGUACUCCUUCCAUUGUAAAAA